CAACAGUCAGACAGCACAAGGUGUCCGGUCGAGAGCACGGAUUGAAUAGCAGCUGCCAACAAGAAUAGCCGAGAAACUUAAGCACCAAGGAAAACAGUUUGUGGAUAGAUAAGCCCAGGCCCAACUCAUCAACAUGAAGAUCUGUGCUCUAGCAUUGCCCGCUCUGCUGCUGCUGGCUCUGGCAGCACCUGGCGAGGCCACCUUUGGCAAGCUGGGCCUGGUGGUGGGCGGCACUGGCGGCGGCUAUGGCGCAGCCUAUCCAUAUGGUGGUGGCUACGGCGGCGGCUAUGGCGGUGGCUACGGCGGCGGCUACGGCGGCGGCUAUGGCUACGGCAACGAGAACAUAGUCAAGGUGAUCAAGGUGUCGGUGCUGCCCAGCGGAGGAUAUGGCGGCGGCUAUGGCGGUGGCUAUGGAGGCGGCUAUGCCAGCGGUGGCUUCGUCGGCGCCGCUCCGGCCAUAUCCACAUCGGCCGUUGUCACGCCCGUGGUGACGUCGGUGGCAACACCUGUUAUAGCCGGCGGCAUUGGCGGUGGCUAUGGAGGCGGCUCUGGCGGCGGCUAUGGCGGCGGCUAUGGCGGUGGCUAUGGCGGCGGCUACGGCGGUGGUUAUGGUGGUGGCUACGGCGGCGGCUACGGCGGCGGUGAACAAGUCAUCAAGGUCAUCAAAGUGAUUGAGCAGCCUCAGAGCUAUGCUCGUUCCAGUGGCGGUUAUGGCGGUGGUUAUGGCGGUGGUUAUGGUGGUGGCUAUGGCGGCGGUUAUGGUGGUGGUUAUGGCGGUGGCUAUGGCGGCAGCAGCAGCUAUGCCUCUUCCAGCAGCUACGCAAGUGCCGCUCCCGUGCAGACCAUCCAGAGCAGCGCCGUGGCUCAGGCCGUGCCAGCCAUAAGCUACUCCGCCCCGGCACCAGCGCCAGUGACCUAUUCCGCUCCGGCACCACAGCCCGCUCCGAUUACCUACUCGGUGCCCGCACCACAGCCGGUGGUGCGCGUGCAGCCAGCUCCAGUGACUUACAGCGUGCCCGCACCACAGCCGGUGGUGCGCGUACAGCCAGCACCCGUGACAUACAGCGUGCCCGCACCACAGCCAGUGGUGAACGUGCAGCCAGCUCCAGUCUCAUAUCCCGUGCCCGCACCACAGCCCGUGUCGCGCCAAUACGUGAAGACCAUCAAGGUCAUUGUGGACGAUGCCAACAGCGGCGUCAACCACCUGCCCAGCCCAGUCUACGGACCGCCCGCGGGCGCUGGCAGCGGCUGGAACAGUGGCUGGAGCAACGGUGGUGCCAGCUACAACAACGGCGGCUGGAAGAGCGGCGGCAUCUGGGAGAAAUUGGCGUCCGGCUGCUAAGCACUUCCUUACCCCUCACGCCCCCACGAGCUUGCUACACCAACUGCCCACGAUCUAUACCUACUCAACUGUUUAAAAUUAUUAAUCUCUUUUUUUUUUUUUUAGUUUUAAAUACAUUAUCGAAUAAAUGUUCUCCCAAAUUGCUCGUC